CUGUUUUUUUUGCUUUGAGUAUAUUCUGAUUUUUUUUGCUUUGAGUAUAUUCGUGUGACGAAUGUUAUAUUGUUACAUUUAAAUUGUCGAUUUAUCACAUAUUUCUCUUUACCAAAAUGGUCCACUACGUAAAAAUGGAAGAUGGUAAAGUGAUGCCGAUUAAAGAAAUGCUUAAAAGUAUCGAAAGAUAUAAUCCAGAACAUCUUAAGGUUAUUGAAUCUUACGUCGAGGAACAAGCCAGAGACAAUCAAUACGAUCUUGAAGCGAAUUUGGCUUGCCUAAAGCUGUAUCAAUUCAAUCCGCAAAUGAUGAAUCUGGAUAUCACAUACACGAUUCUUUUGAAAUCAUUGACCAACUUUCCGCAUACAGAUUUUGUUUUGUGUAAAUGCUUACUUCUUCCGGCUCAAAUGAACGACGACACUGUCAAGGAGAUUAUCUAUUUGGCCGACAUCCUAGAGAAAUGUGAUUUUACUUUGUUCUGGUCUCGAGUAGCACAGAAUCCGCAAUUUUUCAAAAAGAUAUCUGGGUUCUAUGAUUGUAUACGCAAAUUUGUUUGCCACGUUGUUGGAAUUACCUUUCAAUCAAUCGAAAAGGAGUAUUUAGUGCGUUUGUUGGGGGAUGUAGAUGAUAACGUUCUCCGUGGAUGGGUAAAGAAAAACGGCUGGAAGGACGAUGGGCAGUAUGUGGCCGUUGCUAUGCAGGAAGGCAAUAUUAAAACCAAACACAUUACCGAAAAAAUUGACUUCGAAAAUCUUGCUCCUCUGAUGGCUAAUUGCCUGUAGAAAUUAGAUACACUGGAGUUCGGAAUUCAAAAAUACACUUAAAACUAUCGACUCGGA